UUGGCCCGACCGAGUGAAUUGCCGACUCGUUUCCCACAAGAACCUACCGCUCGUCUGGGCAAAUAAUUCUUACAGAAUUUGUCCAUUUCAAGAGCCGAAAUCUCCGGUUCUUGCUCUGAAAGGGGAAAGGGUUUUUUGCUCAGGAUUUGACUCGGGCAGAAGCUGAACAUUUUCCAUGUUGCGGAGAAUUUCGUGACGAGUGCAUGUAGGCUAGAGUCAAAACAAUCUCGAGUCGCCGUUUUGCGUGAAUAUACGGCAAAAGGACCGAUGAAGUUUGAAACAUUUUCCUCGUUUGGCUGCCGUUUUAGCCCUCACAGAACUACCCCUGGAGGUUUUUCUCUCGCUAUGUGGAGGUGGGGUGUGAUAACUGUUCUACUAUCGCUUGCUGUAGGAACAAGUUUAGCCCAAAAGAGCGGAAGAGAAUGUGUAGAAACAUGUAAAACUUGCGGAUGCAAAGGAAGAGCAGGGAGAAGGGGAGUACCAGGUCCCAUUGGCCUUGUGGGACAAAGGGGACCUUCAGGAAUACAAGGCAGUGGAGGUGUACCGGGACCCAGAGGUGACAAGGGUGAUGAUGGUGCGCUGGGGCCCAGAGGUCAGAAAGGUGAUCAGGGAAUGACCGGUGUUCCUGGUUACCCAGGUUUGGACGGCUACACCGGACAGCCAGGACCAAGAGGACAGUACGGAGACCCAGGGGUUGCUGGAUGUAAUGGCACAAAGGGUGAGCCUGGUCGACCAGGAAUUGGUGGCUACGGAGGUCGAGGUAAACCGGGUUUUAACGGGCCUAAGGGCAGCAAGGGAGAGCCUGCUCCUUACUCUCCAGCUUCCAAAGGACCACAAGGUGACGGAGGCUUUCCAGGUGAAGACGGAAGGCCUGGACAACAAGGACCUGAUGGUCGUCCUGGAGAAACUGGUGAUAGAGGCCCAAAAGGAUAUCAGGGUCCGAAUGGCCUGCAGGGAUAUUCCGGUGCUAAUGGUGUAGACUCCCCUGGCUCUAAAGGCUCAAAAGGAGAGAGGGGUCAACCCGGAAGAAAGGGUCAGUCUGAUAAAAUUCCGGGUAGAGGCGAGAAAGGCAGUAAUUUCACUAAAGGAGACAAAGGUGACAAGGGGUACAAGGGUUACACUGGUGAAGCCGGUAUGAGGGGUGAGAGGGGAGAUGCAGGCACAAAGGGUGGUAAGGGCCCUCUAGGGAUGAAAGGAGAGACUGGCGUACGAGGUAUUGCAGGACCAAGGGGACCAACCGGGUUUGACGGCUUAUCGGGUGCUCCAGGAUUUCCAGGCGACCGUGGGUUCCAAGGAAGCAACGGUUACGAUGGUCUGCCAGGUUAUCAGGGUAUAAAUGGUGACAUUGGUAUGGACGGUCCCAUUGGACGUAAAGGAGAACCAGGAAUCCCAGGGGAAAUUGGCGAUGGACCCGUCGGUGAACCUGGACCUGAUGGUAACCGAGGUCUGCCGGGAUACCCUGGUAUUAGAGGUACCGUUGGAGACACUGGACCUGAAGGCCCUGAGGGAAGACUCGGUGAUGUGGGCGCUCAAGGAGAGACCGGAAGACCUGGGCAGAGUAGAGACGGUCAACAAGGAGAUAGAGGAGUGUCAGGUUUACCCGGUGCACCCGGAGAACGAGGAGAUGAGGGCAACCUUGGACCCCAGGGGCGACCUGGCGACAAGGGAGCACCCGGAAUCUCAAUAGCUGGACCUUUUGGUAUGGAUGGAUCCCCUGGAAGGCCUGGAUCUAUUGGUGGAAAGGGCGCUGUUGGUGCCCAAGGAAAACCAGGUCUUCCAGGUACCACUGCAUCCGGUGAGGAGAUUGUUGGACCCAUCGGCAGACCAGGACCUGAAGGACGUCGAGGUGUCAAGGGAGGCCAAGGAGUGCAAGGAGUGUCUGGAAGCAAAGGUUUCCCAGGUCUUCCUUCUGCCCCAUGCCCGUUGUGCCCCCAGGGCCAGAAGGGAGCAACUGGUGUGCCAGGUUUCCCAGGCUUUCCAGGGUCAUACGGUGAGAAUGGACCUCGUGGUGCCGAGGGCGGGUCAGGCGAGAAGGGAGACAAAGGCUACCCUGGACGAUUUGGACAACCUGGAUUCCCGGGAAUACAAGGACCUAGUGGUUUUCCUGGAGACAAAGGUGACAGAGGAGAAUUUGGAACCGUCAUCGAAGUUCCAGGUUUCCGUGGUAGCCGCGGAGACAAAGGAGACAAGGGAUCCACUGGAGAGCCAGGUACCCAGGGACGAAGACAAGUUCUGGAUCAAAGUCAACUCUCCAACAAAACACAAAAGGGUCAACGUGGAGACACAGGGUUUCCUGGUCGAAGGGGUACCCCUGGUGCCCCAGGUCCUGCCGGUGAAGAUGGUCCCGAUGGUCGGCGUAUUGAUGGACCACGAGGUCCUAAGGGUGUGAUGGGAGAGCCCGGACGCUUUGGCAUCCCAGGUUUUGCAGGACAGAAAGGAGAACCAGCUGAGGCGGUGGACACUGAGGAUCCCGUCCCUGGCCCACAGGGUGAGCCCGGACCCAAAGGGUUCAAGGGUCGACCAGGAUCAAAGGGAUCACCGGGACAGACUGGAAGUCCUGGCUUGUAUGGUGAUAAUGGCUUCAAGGGCAUGAAAGGAGGUGUUGGUAACCCUGGAAAUCCUUCCUUUCCUGGACCUAAAGGUUUCCCUGGACCCCGUGGUGACAAGGGAACAGUGGGUCUGUCGGGUUCAAUAGGUCGCCCCGGUGGGGAAGGCGCACCAGGUACUCCAGGGCUUCCUGGGCGACCUGGUAUGUUUGGCGCCCUCGGUGAGGACGGUCAGUCUGGCUCCACUGGACCGGCUGGCUUCCCCGGAGAUGAAGGACCACAAGGACCAAAGGGAGAUUUCGGCAACAGAGGAUUGCCAGGCCAGGACGGUUACCGUGGUUUCCCAGGACUGAAGGGAGACAGGGGAGAUGCAGGAGGAGAUGGACUGCCAGGAGAUAGGGGGCUGAAGGGGGCUUUAGGGUUCGGGUUCCCUGGUAGACCUGGUCAACAGGGAAGGAACGGGGCACGUGGACUCCCAGGUCUUGAAGGUUCGCAAGGUAUCCCAGGAGAGAGGGGACAGUUCGGCGGAGUGGGAAGCACCGGUGACAAAGGCUUAGAUGGCUUAAGUGGCAUACCAGGCCCUCAGGGCCAACUCGGCGAACCAGGGUUCCCUGGCCGUGCUGGAAGACCCGGUACAUUUGGCUUCCGCGGUGCAUUUGGUGAUAUCGGCUUUGAUGGAUUCAACGGUCCAAAAGGACAGAAAGGUAACCCAGGCUUCCCAAGUUUCCCUGGGCCGCGCGGAAGCCCAGGCCCCAGGGGCCAACCUGGAGAAGAUGGACCACUAGGCCAGCCAGGUGAGCCUGGUGAGGUCGGAAGUGUAGGAUUCCCAGGUCGGUUUGGUGAGCCAGGAGACGUCGGUAACUUUGGCGAUCCAGGGGAGGAUGGUGAAGAUGGACUCCUUGGUCCUCUCGGCCUCGACGGAAGACCAGGGGAGCCAGGAUUCCCCGGCCAGGUUGGAGAUCAGGGAUUCAACGGUAACCCGGGUAUGAUUGGUGAGCCUGGCAUGCCUGGAAUGAACGGACUACCGGGUGCCCUCGGUGGACCUGGCCGUCCUGGAAUGAAAGGAACUAGUGGACCGAGUGGAUUCAGAGGAACAUCCGGACUUCCGGGUGAUCAAGGAUUAAUUGGAAGACCAGGCCCACAAGGUCCUAUUGGCCCCCAGGGUAUCGACGGUAUCCAGGGUCAACCAGGACGUAAUGGCUUUGAUGGAAAUCGUGGCUUUCCGGGAGAGCAGGGUCCGGCCGGUGAGCAAGGACCGAAAGGAGAUCCCUUUACCCCUAAUGAACUGACCGAACCUCGACCUCCAGGACCGAAGGGUGAAAAGGGACCCAAAGGAGAACCCGGACGCAUUGGAAAUCCGGGACUUCCCGGACUGACUGGAGACCGUGGACCUGUGGGAGAGCAAGGAGGAGGAGGAUACGACGGCUACAGUGGAUUCACCGGUGCUCCAGGCGCAAGAGGAGACCAGGGUCUUCCUGGGUUGUUUGGCCUCGAAGGACCCAAGGGAAUGUCGGGUAUGGAUGGUAUCCCUGGAGGUGAAGGAAGGCAGGGUCUACCAGGACCCGAUGGUCCAUCGGGAGCACCAGGUUUCCCGGGUUUCUCUGGCUUCCCGGGCAGGAAGGGUACUCCUGGUCGCCCAGGACCCAGAGGUCUCCCAGGCAUCAAAGGUUUCCCAGGUAUUCAGGGUGAAAACGGAAUCCCUGCCUUCGUCGCUCCACAAGGAGAGCCUGGAAUGGAUGGAGAAUCCGGCCCAGAUGGAUUGCCAGGUCCGAAUGGCAACCGGGGCCGUCCUGGAUUCCCUGGCCUGAACGGACUGAAGGGAGAUAGAGGAGAUAUUGGACCUUCUGGUCCAAGGCGACCUCCUGUUAUUGGACUCAAGGGAGUCGAUGGUGAACCGGGUCGGGCGGGACGCCAAGGACCAAAGGGGAGAGCAGGUGAUAUUGGUUUAGUUGGGGAGAUUGGUGAAUCUGGAUCCGUUGGACUCAAAGGAUACAAUGGCUUCGAUGGAAGAGAUGGUCGACCAGGUCUGAUGGGCAUGAGAGGUUCUAAGGGUCUACCUGGGGAUGAAUCGAACGCCCAGAAGGGUGUAAAGGGCAACAUUGGAGACGUCGGUAGCUAUGGUGUCCCUGGACGUCCAGGCCGCCCCGGCCUACCUGGACAGGAUGGAUUCAAUGGUCUCCCUGGAUUGAAGGGUGAUAUUGGAGAUCAAGGUGUGCCUGGACAAGUAGGUCUAAACGGCCCCCCAGGACCCGGGGGACCGCGAGGAGACUUUGGAGAUUCUGGAUCACAAGGGGAGAAUGGAGACAAGGGCGUGGGCGGCGGUGUUGGCUUACCAGGAGCUCCUCCUAGACCCCAGGGCUUCAUCGUCGUCAGACACAGCCAGUCUAGAAAUGUUCCUCAAUGUUCGGCCGGCAUGACGACACUAUGGAGUGGAUACAGUCUGCUGUACACUGAAGGCAACGAGAGAGCCCAACACCAAGAUCUAGGUCUGGCCGGGUCUUGCCUGCCCCGAUUCAGCACUAUGCCCUACAUCUUCUGCAACUUCAACGAGGUAUGCAACUACGCCCAGCGUAACGACAAGUCAUUCUGGCUGGCCACGUCGGAGGCUAUCCCGAUGAUGCCAGUUUCGGGUAAUGGGAUCAGACCCUUCAUCAGUCGUUGCACGGUGUGCGAGACGCCGUCACAGAUCAUCGCUGUGCAUAGUCAGGAUACCACGCUACCGGACUGCCCGCAGAACUGGAGAUCAUUGUGGAUUGGAUUCAGUUUUGCAAUGUACACAUCUGCAGGAGCCGAUGGUGGUGGCUCACCACUUGCCAGUCCCGGUUCCUGCCUAGAGAGCUUCCGCGCCACGCCCUUCAUCGAGUGCAACGGGCGGGGCAAUUGCUUCUUCUACCGCAACACCUACAGCUUCUGGAUGACCACGGUCGAUGCCCAGGAGAUGUUCCAACGGCAGCGGCCCCAAACCCUUAAGGCCGGCUCGCUGCGUACCCGCGUCAGUCGCUGCCAAGUAUGUCAAAAGCAAAUGUAAAUAAAAACUUAAAUGAAAACAAAAACCGAAACAUCUUACACUUUAUUCCAAGGUUUAUAGAUAUCAAGCUGUCUAGGGUAAUUUGGUAAAAGAGGAAUCGUGCUGAUAACUUAGACAGUUUUAAGAUUUGUCUGAGGUGGUUUCAUUUUUUUUCCAUCCUUGAAAUCAAAACAAUCCCAGAAGAUCACUGGUCAGGGGUCUUGUCAAAAUUAAUCCAGGACAGGUUGUCGUAUAACAAUUCCCUUAUAUAAAUUUUUUGUUGAAUUUCCAUUGGACUGUAUUUCCUAUUUGAGACAUGGUUUACUUCACUCAAAGGCAAACAGCUCUCUGAUGCUCUAAAGACACGCCUUGUACCAAUUUACCCUGCUGAGCGCUCUGUGGUUUGACUGGCUGGCUGAUUAUAUGUAGCGAAAACAAACUUGCAGUUUUGGAGCAAUCGAUUUGGAGGUCAUUAACUAAGAUGUGUAGUGUGAUGUUUUUAUAGUGACACCCGUAGUUUUCCAGUAGAUAGCAAUCUAAAGGCCUUGUCACUUGAGGCAACCUUUACAGGCAACUUGGAGGCAACCAUUUGCAGUGCAUGCCACAGGACCAGUUUGGUGGGGCACAAGAAAAAUAUGUGAACAUUGAAAUGUGAAAGCCUUUCCUUCUUGGAGAUGGCCUGGAACUGGUUGCCUGUAAAUUGCCUCGUGCGUCAUGGCCCUGAGUCUCUUUGGUUUCUUUUCUGGUUUCUUUACAAAUGUACCCCCAGGCACUGUGAACUUCUCCAAUGUUUUCCCUGAUAACCAUUUUCAAUAAAGGUGAACUAUUAAUGCCAGGUGUUAAAAACCUUUUCCUGGACGCUACUUAUCCGCUGGUUGUCCUGGACCAACUUUGACAAGGUCCCUCUGUAACUUUGAUUUAGACAUAAUUUUAUUCCCUUUAGCCUUAAAUUCAGCACUUUUUUAUAAAUGAACAUCUUGGUUUCAUUUAAACCAACUCUUAAACACUUCACCAUAGUUUUAAGUCACAGAGCGCUGGCCAUCACUUGUCCUAAAUCGCUGUAUCAAAUCAUUAAAAAGUUGUGAGUUGUUAAUAUUAACGGAUUCGCAUACUCAUUUAAAUAAAUUUCCAUAAAAUUUGUUUAAAUUAUACUCAUUUACAUAUGAAUUACAAAUGUAACAAGUGACUUUCAUUCAAGUUGGUGCUAGCUGAUUUUAUUACUGUUUUUUAUUUUUUAGAUGUAAACUGCAUGUUAUAUAAUAUAUAUAUGUGGGUGUGUUUCUGUUGGUUAUCUUUUAUCCAUGUGUUUUGUUUUUUUAAUAUUGAAAAACAUCUUCGUAAUCUUCAUGGUGCUCUUGUAAAACUUAGCGUUCAGGUUCUCCUUUUUUUUUUUUAAUCAAGCAUUUUUAAGAAUUGUAGGUUUGUAGACAUUUUAAUAUUAAUAUAAAUAAUAUCAAAAGUGAGACUGACUUCGUACAGAAUAUGCUGCAGAUAUUUUGAAUCGGAAUGAACAAAAUAAAAAAAUUAAAAUUCUUCAUAUCUGACUGGCUCUGAGAAAACAAUGAAUGUGAUGGUGUCUAGUGUUUUUUUUGUUUUACUCUUGCAUACUGUAUUUUCAACAUAACUCAUUCUAACCAUACUAUAUUCAGUAUAUUUUGCCAGAUGGGAUGCAAUAAAGGCAUACUUUAUGGUCUGUACUGCAAGUAAUUGGACAAACAUAAUUUUUUAUGGCCUUGAUAUUGGACUGAUUAACUUCAGAGGGCAGGGUCACUUAUACAAAGAAAAAUGUGAUAUGGCCUGGGCAAGGUCCAUUUUAGCAACUGUUGUUUGUUAUUGCCUUGGAAAGGUGUGGUAUUUAUUCAAAGAUCGAACUAAAAGCAAGGUCCUUUAUCAAUCACAGUUGUUAUGGCCUGAGCAAGGUGUGAUAUUGGACUGAUGAAUGAGGUCAUAUCAAGAAUUCUUUGAUAUUGCCUGGGCAACGUGUGAUGUUGGACUGAUGAACAUACCAAAGCAGGGUCCGUUAAUCACCAAAAAUUUCACCUAGCACUAGUGAAGAUUUUAACAUUUGUCUUGACUGCGAGAUAAAUAUUGCCUGGCCGUGGGUAGGAUGUGAUAUUGGACCGAUGAACUAAAUAUGGGCCGAAAGUCCAAACCUUUGAUACCAAAACCUCACAGUUAUCAUUUGUACGAGAGCCUUGUAUUGUAAUAACAAUGCAGCAUUUUGUAAGGCGCACUUUCCGGUAAGCCAUUCAAAGGCGCCAGUCUAGUAGAAGUUAUCAACACAUUUUACAUUAUUUUUAUCGAAAAAUAUGCAAGGUGUAAUAUAAAUAAAACAGGUUGCUAAUUUAAAUUUUUCAAUUUUUAUACUACUUUUUAACUACAUCAUUUUAAAUUGAUCCACGCAUGAAAAUGCACGAUAGUGUAAAGUGAUGGUUUUGUUUAUACAACCUUUCAACAAAUCUGAACCUUGUUGGCUUUUGUCGCUGAAAAUAUCUUUCGGCCAACGUCAACACUUGACAUUUUGUGCAUUUUAUAAUAGGAUGGCAAUGUAGCGAACAAAUAACAACUAAUAAUUUAUUCCAUUUUUGAAUUAAAGGUAUUGCCAGUGAAUAGCUAGCAAACUCUUGGUCUUUUUUUAUUUACCUGUAUUUACUUUGUAUUGUUUAACCUUAGGUGACGAUAUUAUGUAAGAAUGAUAAUAGAGUUUGCCAUAAAAUGAUUUGUUACUUGUAAUUAUGAAAGAAAUUAUUUAAGUUGUAGAUUUGUGCGGUAGAUAUUUUAGUUUUAGUUUUGUAAUUCUAAAGGAAAAUCUGUAAAAUCAGCUACUGCUAUGAUUAAAACCCAAGCACCCCAAACUAAAA